AUGAAUUUUUAUCGACAACACUGGGAUGAGUUGGAUACCACCUCCCAAGUUGCAGUCGCAGUGAGACUAUCCAAAUCCAUUCUUUACUUCCUCAGGUCCUCAGCGGAAGCUGACGUCGGCUCCACACUCCUCGCAUCCAACUACGGCCUCGAAUUCCUCGCAUCAUUAAAUGACGUAAUUUGCAAAACAAGAGAUUUCUUCGAAUUACCUUUCUACGCCGAGCGCUGGAUGGAGGUGCUAACCCACAUCCAGCGGAUUCACCAGUUACCUCUUCUGCAUUUCGAACCGAUUCCGGGUUAUUUCCCAACGUCGUCCAACGAGCUCAAACGACUCUUGCACGCUUCGUCAACAUCUGACACCGUUCUUGAGCCUAUAUUGGACUCAUACGGGCAGAGCUGGACUGACGCGGGCAACUUUGAAAAAGAAAAGGUGAUGAGGGCGUUGUCGAGUUACUGCAUAUUGAAGCAGGGCCAACAAGAAGGUGCUCAAAAUCCACCUUCAUCGACAUCCCUCUUAAUAACCUCCACUCGAGUCCUCGAGUUCCUAACCUUCGUGAACGAGCAAUUCGACAAGGACUCUGCUUUACUUCGCUGGUGCAGCGAAGAGACUAUAGUUCGGUGGGUGGAUACUCUGGAACGCGUACGGAUCCUUCGUGGGCUACCACCAGGGUUUUUCAAACCUAUUCCAAGGUGUGACGAAGAAAUGGGAGAAAUUACGGAUCCAACUGCGCCUAAAGACAACAAAAGUGCUACGAUUGACACUGAACCGUGCGUACAAAUCGAUGAAGCCUCGGCAACGGAAGAAGUCAGGACGGAAAGCGAACCGCGAGAGGUCAUCGUUUCUUUACCGAAAAGAAUUUCAAAACGGUGUAGAAGAUCUUGCGGUGAAUAUAUCGGUAAGGGGCAGUGGUGCAGUUACCCGAACGGUCUGGAGGCGCCGGAAGUGGAUACGGACGUACAGACUACAACACUGCAUUCCACGAGGGCUACCGACGAAUUUAUUGGGGGCCCUGAUGCGGAUAAUAAUGUUUGA